CAGAAAUUGAAUUCUCCAACUUUAAAAAAUAACAGAGUAUUAGAUGAAUUGGUGCAAAACUUCAUAAAAGUCAGGUAUAUUUUGUUUUUUCUGUUAUUUAUAAUAAAAAUUAAAGCAGGUUUCAGGUGGAAAUUUACUUUGAUUUGCUUAAUGUAAUAAUAUUCCUAUAAUUAUGAUCUGUUCCAGGACAAAACUGUUAGAAUUAGUGACGGGUAGCGGUAUAGAAAAAUCUCCAUCAGUGACUGCCGGCACAGUUGCCAAAGAAGGAGAAGAAGUGAAUAAGAAAAGCAAACUAACGAGCACAAAAAGAAGAAAGGUAAAUUUAUCAGAAUAACAAGAAUAAGAGUUUGAAAUCGAGUCUUCCACAUUUUAUUCAACUUUUGACAUGGACCAGUUAGACAAACAUGAAGCUCCGCACAGCUGCAAAAAUUUAUAGACAUUUGUAUGGUGGGGGACAAGUUUAUGCUCCCCACCAUACAAAUAUCUGUAAAGUCUCUUCAUUAGUUUUCAACAAAUCACUAAUUUGAAGGCGCUCUUUCCUGUGGUGUUGAUUUUCCCUAACUUGUCCAUGUCAAAAGUUGAAAAAAAAAGACCGUUGAAAGGUCUUUUUAAGACUGAAAAAAGGAUGGACUGAAAGGAAAUAGAACAAACUUUCUUGGAGCUGGGAGAAAACAGGAUGGGAACAGAAAGAGAGGUAGAACAUACAGGGUGCAAAGAAAGUCAGUUUUACAGCCUGCCAUUCAGGCCAGUUGUAGCUAGAGUGUACUAGCUCGCAAGUCAUUUUAACUAGCCCCAAAACCCUCUUUCACUAGCAGGAUUGAUUACAAUACUUAAUUUGAAUUUCCCCAAAGAACAGCACUUGCCCAUCAGGCAAGUUAAGAAUGAAAAUCACUAGCUCAAUAGCAAAAUCCACUAGCCCCGGGCUAUCGGACACGACUUUCUUUGCAUGCUGACAUAGGAGGAAGGGGAUGGGAAAAGAUGGACUUUGGAAAGUGGAAGAAAAAGAAGUAGAAACUGGGAAAAAGGGGAUGAAAAUUGAAAAAAAAAACAGUAGAAAAACUGGGAGAAAACAGAAGGGAAUUUGGUAGAAAGUGGUAAAAACUUAUGGAAAGGGAUGAGUAAUGUGUGAAUAGAUGAGUGUGGGAGAAAAAAAGGAAUGGAACUGGGAUAAGAAAAGGAGUUUUAAAGGGGGCUCCAAAGCAAGAUUUCUAAUUGUGUACUACAAGAGAAGUGGUUGAUUUGUCAAUGAAUGGAAAUUUAAAUGUUUUUUAUUAUACAUGGCAGGAUCAUGGUAGAUCUCAAAGGAGCUCCAAGUCUUCAAGUCCGGAUACAAAGAGACAAAAACUUGAUGAGGGGAAAGAGAGUAUCUCAAACUCAGAGGAAACUACUGAAAGCAAUCUGAGGACAACAGCAGAGUCUUGCAGUAAAACAAAUACAGAAGUGAUUGUCAUCAAUUCAGAGGAGAGUCGCCAUGAACAAGCUGCCUCUGAGAUGCAGCCAAUGACUGUGGACGAAGAUAUGUUGGAGAAACAGACACCACAGCAACAGGCAGAUUCUGAUGUUGGUAAGUGGUCAACUAUCUGUGUUCUUCAAUGAAGUUUUUCCAGUGAAGAAGUUUGUAGGAAAAAGCCCCAAAUGGCAUGUGCUAAACUGCUAAUUUUUCCUCCUGAAUUGCCUAAUAUUUUCUUGUGAAACUAAAGGAGAAUAUCCUCAAUAUCCACAUACAAAUUCUCCAGACUAACCUGCUUGACAAAAGAUGAAAACAACCCCCUAAUUAACAAACAUUUUGGCAAUUCUCAUAACUUUUUCUCUUGUUAUGUAUUGAUAAUUAUUGUUAGGAGUAAGUUGAUGUUGUUCAUAUACAUGUGCUAGCCCUCUUGGGCCAAGUGUUAAACAUAACAUCAAGAGUCACUUAGAUCUUUAUUCCACAUAUCGCUCCUUUUAUAACUGAGGGGGUGUUUACCUGGGAAAACUCGCACCGGCGUGAGUUUCAUACCGCGAUGAAAUUUUUAUUUAGUAUCGUGUUUACACGAUGACUGGGUCAUUUCAUAUCUCGUUAUUUUAAGGUACACUUUAUGUUGAUAAAUACAUAUGUGAUUCAAAAUUGCAAACAUUACGCAUGCACUACCAGUUCCAGUCUACCAGCAGACCGAUUUCACACCAAAAUGAGUGGUCGUUUCAAGUUUACAUGAUACUGUUGCAAGAUUUCGUACCAGAGUGAAAUUCUCACUCCGGUACAACAACCGGGAUGAACUCAUGCCGGAGUGACUCGUGCCGGCGUUAAUGAAAGCAACAAUAAUAUUUAUAUCUAUAACAUUAGGUAAAGAAAGAAUACAGUCAUAUACUUUGUUGGUUGAACAUAUUUUUAGCUGAAUGCCCAGUUUGUGGUGACAUGGUUCCUCACAAAAGAAUCAACGCACAUCUUGAUACCUGCCUUACCAGAACAGAAAAGAAAAGUUCGCUACGAAGGUUUGUACAAUAAUUUACUUUGUAAGAUUCCUCUUUUAGGAGAGAUUAACGCUCGCACAGUUUGCAUAAAAAGUGGUGUUCAAUAUCCUGGGGCUUUUUUUUCGUGAUUGGAGAAGUCAAUUCUAUUCUUAACUUGCCUGACAAGCAAAGUGGAAUUUUUGGGGAAUUCAAAUUAAAAAACUAACUUAACUUUGUCAGCUAACUUGUGUAGGGUGAAGAGAUCUUUCAAACCAUACUAGAAUAAGCAUAAUUUGGUUAAGAAGGCUGGAGAAAACAGUGGCAAGAAACCAUGUAACACUGAGACCCAAAAAUUCCUAUAAAAAUUUGGUUCCACUAACCACUUCCCUUUCCUUCCAUUUAAUCCUAAGAAUUUAAAAGCUUUCCCCAAAACUUUUCCCACUAAAAUGAAGCCUACUUAAUGCCCAGCAAAAGAAAAAAUAAUGAGGCAAGAAAACUGAAAGAGGAGGGGAGGAGAGAAAGCGAAAGGAAAAAGUCAAGCCCAUACUUCGCAAGCUAAUAUUUUGCAUCUGGACCUGAAGUCUGCAUAGUGCACGGCCUUUGAACAAUUUUGUGGCAAGUUUUAGCUCUUUAUAGCCAGAUAGUGACCAGAAAAUGACUCAACUAGCUUCAAAACAUCCAGAUGCUCACUGCACUCUCAGGAGCAAAUGGGUUAAUAAUUUAAUUAUUAAUUCUGCUUGCAUUGUGAGUCUUGUCAAAAAGCCACUGGAUCUCUGUGAUUUGUAAAAAUGUUUCUAACCGUCCAAUUUAAAUUAAUAAUGAAAUGCAGAAAGACAUCCAAGGAACGCAAGACUAUAUGUAGUACAUCAGCUAAAAGGAAACAUGCACCACGUGCAGAAUCUAAGGAAUUUGAAGCCGUUUCAAGUGAUGAUGCAUCAUCAAGCUCAUUGGAUCAACAACCUUGUUCAUCAAAGUCCAGGGGUUCAUCCAGUUUGGCAGUAAAAGGCUCAAAUGCACUUAUGUAAGUGUAGUCCCAAGUUUGCUUUCAUUAAUUACAGACAGGAUUUUGUCUAUAGACUAAAAGUUAGCGCUACCUUGAAAAGCAAAAUAAACAGGAAAACACUGCUCAGUAGCUGUAGCUAUAUAUAGCUUUCAUUCAAAAUAAUGGUCACUCUUUAGAAUAAUUUAUUUGUCCACUGACUCAUUCAUCGAGUUUGGCUGUAAAAGGCUCCAAUGCACUUAGGUCAGUUUACUUCAAAAUUUUACUUGUAUUACAGACAGAAUUUUGUUUAUAGACUCAAAGUUAGAGCUACCUUGCACAGUAAAAUAAACAACACCCUAGGAAAAUACUGCUCCGUAGCUUUCAUUUUAAUGAUCACAUUUUAGGAUUUCAUCCAUAGACUCAAAAGUAAUGUACAACAUAAUAUUGAAACAGUACCACAGGAAAGUAUACUACUUGGUAGUUUUCGUUUGAAUGGUCACACCUUAGAAUUUUGUCCACAAACUCAAAAGUUAGAAACACCUUGUAAAGCAUAAUAAAUUCUACCAUAGGAAAGUACUGCUCAGUAGCUUUCAUUUGAAUGGUCGCACUUCAAGAUUUCAUCCACAGACUCAAACGGUAAAGCUACCCUGCACAGCAUAAUAAACGUUAUGUCACGGUAACAAUAACCCUUUUGGAGUUCACAUCAAAAUUAAGAACCACCCAGCACAGUUUUUUGAACUUGGAAGGUACUAAGGAUGGGCAUUGACUUUUUUAACUUGCAUAUAUAGCCAGACAGUGCAAAAGAGGAAACCUCUUCCAAAGCUGGUGUACAGUGUAAUGCCAGAGAAGGAACUACGACAGAGAUUGAAAGAGUGGAAUUUAUCAACAAAAGGAGAUAAAGCAGUCAGUAUAAACUUUUUUCCACAUUAUUACAGUGUAGACAGUUUUCCUUUAUAAGAUAAAGGCGCUCAAGAGCUAGAGACCCACACGGCUGCAGCGUAUACCAGUUUCUGUAGCAUGAAGCAAGCCUGGGAGUAUUGCUACUCCCCCUGGACGUGAUGCUAUUCCAUCGCAGGGUUACCCCCNCUUGUAUUACAGACAGAAUUUUGUUUAUAGACUCAAAGUUAGAGCUACCUUGCACAGUAAAAUAAACAACACCCUAGGAAAAUACUGCUCCGUAGCUUUCAUUUUAAUGAUCACAUUUUAGGAUUUCAUCCAUAGACUCAAAAGUAAUGUACAACAUAAUAUUGAAACAGUACCACAGGAAAGUAUACUACUUGGUAGUUUUCGUUUGAAUGGUCACACCUUAGAAUUUUGUCCACAAACUCAAAAGUUAGAAACACCUUGUAAAGCAUAAUAAAUUCUACCAUAGGAAAGUACUGCUCAGUAGCUUUCAUUUGAAUGGUCGCACUUCAAGAUUUCAUCCACAGACUCAAACGGUAAAGCUACCCUGCACAGCAUAAUAAACGUUAUGUCACGGUAACAAUAACCCUUUUGGAGUUCACAUCAAAAUUAAGAACCACCCAGCACAGUUUUUUGAACUUGGAAGGUACUAAGGAUGGGCAUUGACUUUUUUAACUUGCAUAUAUAGCCAGACAGUGCAAAAGAGGAAACCUCUUCCAAAGCUGGUGUACAGUGUAAUGCCAGAGAAGGAACUACGACAGAGAUUGAAAGAGUGGAAUUUAUCAACAAAAGGAGAUAAAGCAGUCAGUAUAAACUUUUUUCCACAUUAUUACAGUGUAGACAGUUUUCCUUUAUAAGAUAAAGGCGCUCAAGAGCUAGAGACCCACACGGCUGCAGCGUAUACCAGUUUCUGUAGCAUGAAGCAAGCCUGGGAGUAUUGCUACUCCCCCUGGACGUGAUGCUAUUCCAUCGCAGGGUUACCCCCCAGCAGCAUGUCACCGUUACCCAUUUAUAACCCUGGGUAAGGAGAGACAAAGUGGAGUAAAGUUCCUUGUCUAAGGAAACAACGCAACAAGGAAACAACGCAACGGGUGAGGCUUGAACCCUGGACCUCCAGAUCUAAAUUCAAGGUGUUAACCUCUCAACCACACUCGCCUCUCACUGUUUUUUUCCUUUAUGUUACUGUAAAAUUAUACUGCUUUAGGCCUCAGCUCUAGUAGUACCUGUCGGUCUCUGGAGUCUUCCUUUUGCCUCUGAGUGAUAAAGAAAUGCGGGAAGUUUUAGUUGUCCUUUCUGUAGCCUGCAGUCCAGGUGUAUUCUAUGGCCCAGGGAGUGCUCAAUUAUUUCUUGCAGUUUCCAUCUUUGAUUUUGACAGCAGAUGAAAUUAAUUUGGGGAGAGUAGAAAGUGGGUUGAGAUAAUUUGAAAGGCCAAGUAAGCCCUGCCCCUUGCCAUAUCUCACGAGUGCACCACGUCAUGGGACAAAUUCUACUUCUUGUCACACUACCCCCCAGGGUUAUCAGAAAGUUUUGAAGUAGACGGUUGAGUUGUCAGAGUAAGCGACCAGUCCAGGGAUAUUUUAUUUAAAAAACGCUAUCCAUAAAGAAAUGCCAAGCAGAGUAGCUGGCAAAUACUAACCAAGUAGAUGGUGAUUUUUGCCAACCCUGCCCCCACUCCCACCCAGGGUUUUCAAUAGGAUUUUAAGUAGGUGCAAAAGCUUUGGAGUAGGUGGAGAAGAAAAAACCUUGCCACAAAGGCACGAGUUUCUGGAAAAAUUUUUUUGAAAUUUGGGCCUCUUAGAAUUGAAUUCCAGCAAAAAUUAGAGUGUUUGAACAGAACACAGACAUCAUUAAAUUUUCAAUUAAUUUUUUUUUAUUCAGUGACAGCACAUGCAUACUCUAUUUAAACUGGGGUAAUUUCCAAAGAAAAGUAGGCGGCGAGUUCACGUGAAAUUGUUGGUGAAUUUUGCCGGCCACUGGCCCUUAUUGAUAACCCUGCCCACCCUCCAAAAAAAGGCUAAACUGUAGGCUAGGUUUAUCUUUAAAAGCCUGAAUUGUACUUUUUCCAUUCCAGAGUCUUGUUAAAAGGCAUCAAGAUUUUGUGUUGCUUUAUAAUGCAGAGUGUGAUUCAAUUAAGCCA